UGCUCUAAUAGCCUAUCGUAGUUUUGAGACACUCACUUAACAGUCACAUACACACACGGCCGAGCCAAAAAAAAAGCUCACGCCUCAACUCCACCGGUGGGAGGGACAUAGAUAACAGAUGCGAUUUGUUUCCAAACGCGCACCGAUGGCGGUGUGAGGCGUUUGGCUGAGAAGUAUACGCACGGCGUUUGUGGAUUUGUGAAACCUUUUAUGUGCAUCUUCUUCCUGUCCGUAUGCUGGUUGCGGGGAACUAAACAAAGCCAUGGAUUACUCGGUCUGUUUACUUUUACUGCUGUCAACCAUUUCGUCUGUGUCGACCGGACAAUUCCCAACAGCGCAGAUGGUAAAGGAGUGGGUGGAUCAGAUGCAGAAAGAGUUGAUCACAUUAACAGACACAGCCAGUGGUAUGGACAACCUAAUACAGAUAUAUCAUCAACACAGACCUCACUUCAGUGUCGAGACCAACAAUCCAAGGCAACUGGUGGCGACAGCUGCUGGGAAUAUAGAGAAACUGCUGGCUAACCGCUCCCAAGCCCUGAAGAGGCUGGCAACAGAAGCAGAAAAGUUCCAAAUGGAGCACGAGUGGAGGGGCGACAGUGAGAUUGACAAAAUCGUUUACUACAAUGCCAAAGAUGACCUUAAUCAGACAGACGACGGAAAGGGAAGGAAGAACCGAUAUCUUCCAGAUGAUUUCGAGAUAGACCCCGACUUCAAACGACUUGUCUCGUACAACACCACCGCCGUCCACAUCCCUACGGAUAUAUACGAAGGCUCAACCAUCAUUUUGAAUGAGCUAAAUUGGACAGAGGCCUUGGAGGAUGUUUUCCGGAAAAACAAAGAGGAAGAUCCCUCAAUCCUCUGGCAGGUGUUUGGCUCGGCCACCGGAUUGGCUCGAUACUUCCCAGCAUCCCCUUGGGUCGACUCAAGCAAUUUAGCCAAUAAGAUCGACCUCUAUGAUGUUCGCAGGCGGCCGUGGUACAUUCAGGGGGCAGCGUCACCCAAGGACAUGCUGAUCCUGGUGGACGCGAGUGGCAGCGUUUCGGGUCUCACCCUCAAACUCAUCCGCACGUCGGUCAGCAAGAUGCUGGAGACCCUCUCUGACGACGACUACGUGAACGUGGUCUAUUUCAAUGACAAGGCCACGUACGCGGCGUGCUUUCAGAACCUGGUGCAGGCCAACGUCCGCAACAAGAGGAUGCUGAAAGACGCUGUGCAGAACAUCACAGCCAAGGGUAUCACCAACUACAGAGGCGGCUUCGAGCUGGCCUUUGAGCAGCUCGCGCAGAUGAAUGUGUCAAGGGCCAACUGUAACAAGAUUAUCAUGCUCUUCACUGACGGAGGAGAAGAGAGGGCGGAGGAGAUCUUUGAAAAGUACAACCCAAAGCAAGCGGUGCGCAUCUUUACAUUUUCAGUAGGUCAGCACAACUACGACAAAGGACCAAUACAGUGGAUGGCCUGCGCUAAUAAAGGGUACUAUUAUGAGAUCCCGUCUAUAGGUGCCAUCAGGAUCAACACUCAGGAAUACCUGGAUGUUUUGGGCAGGCCUAUGGUUAAGGCUGACAGAAGGGCCAAGCAGGUUCAGUGGACCAACGUGUACCUGGAUGCUCUGGAGCUUGGCCUGGUGAUCACUGGCACUCUGCCCGUCUUCAACAAGACCAACACAGGCUCAAAGAAAUCUCAAAACCAGCUCAUCUUGGGGGUUAUGGCUAUUGAUGUCUCCCUGGAAGACAUCAAGAGACUGACUCCUCGGUUUACUUUUGGACCAAAUGGCUACUACUUUGCCAUUGACCCCAAUGGAUAUGUGCUGCUCCAUCCAAACCUCCAGCCAAUGACUGCCAAGUUUGAUGAACCUGUAACGCUGGACUUCCUGGAUGCAGAGCUGGAGAAUGCGAUCAAAGCGGAGAUGAGAAAAAAAAUGAUCGACGGUCUAACAGGGAAUUACACAAUACCUGGAUUGGUGAAAUCCCAAGAUGAGCGCUACAUUGACGUGGGUCAAAGGACGUACACCUUUGCGCCAGUGAAGGGGACAGAUUACAGCCUGGCUCUGGUCCUUCCUGACUACAGUCUGCAUUACAUCCGGGCCAACAUCGCUGACACCAUCACCCAGGCAAAAUCGUUUUUGGGGAAAGAUGUUUCUGAAAGCCUGAUGGCGGACAAGUUUGAUGAAUAUGGCUAUACAUUUAUCGCACCGAGGAUGUACUGCAAGGACUUAAAGCUACCUGACAAGAACAAAAACAACACGGAGUUCCUCAUUGAGUUCAACGAUUACAUUGACACAAAGACUCCAAACAACCCCAUGUGUAAUGUAGAGCUGGUGAACCGAUUGCUCCUGGAUGCUGGCAUCACCUCGUCUCUGAUCAAGCAUUGGAAAACAACCGAAUUACAGCAUGGUGUCUUGGCCAGAUUUGUUGCCACCGAUGGAGGGAUCACGCGGGUCUACCCCAAAAGUGCUGGUCUGUACUGGGAAGAAGCAGCUGAGACUUACGAGUCAAGUUUUUAUAAGAGAAGUUUGGACAAUGAUCUGUACAUCUUCACUCCAACACCCUACCUCUCUAAAGAGAACACAAGUGAGGACUCAGUUCUGGUGAGCAGAGCAGUGAACCUUAACAUUGAUGAUAUCAUACUCAAACCCGCUGUGGUCGGUGUGAAGCUGGACAUUGGUGCCUGGAUGGCGAGCUUCAUCAACACCACACAGAAGAUCAAUUGCAAUGAUGAGAUCUGUGGCUGUCAGCGUAAUGACGUGUAUGUAGACUGUGUCAUUCUGGAUGAUGGGGGCUUCCUGGUGAUGUCCAAUCGAGAUGAACAUAUUGAUAAGAUUGGGCGUUUCUAUGGUGGUAUCGACCCGAUCCUCAUGGUGAACCUGGUCAACUCGUCCCUGUUCACCUUCAAGAAGACUUUCGAUUACCAGUCGCUCUGUGACCCUGAGAAAGAGAGCAAGGCGGCUGCAGGCCUGCGAUCCGUCUACGUGCCCACAAUUGCAGAUAUUUUGAAUUUAGGAUGGUUUGCGACAGCUGCAGCCUGGUCAAUACUGCAACAGUUACUGGUCAGCAUCACAUUUCCCAAUUUCCUGGACGCAGCCGAGAUGGAUGAUGAAAUGUCAGAUGCCAUGCUCAAAGAGGUCUGCAUCACAGAGCAAACUCAAUAUUACUUUGAGACCAACAACCUGUCUUUCAGAGGCACAAUCGACUGUGAAAACUGCACCAGACUCUACCAUGCUGAAAAGCUGCCCAAGACGAACCUGGUCUUCAUCAUCGCUGAUGCAAAACUCACCUGCACGUCCUGUGACACCAAGCCAUUAAUACAGGAUGAACAGCAGUCUAAUGGUCCUGAUCCCUGUGAGCUGGCUCAGAACCCUCGGUACAGGAAAGGGCCCGCAGUCUGUUUUGAUAACAACGAACACGAGGAGGACUGUGGCGGGGCGUCCGGCCUGAGCCCCUCACUGUGGCUGAUGGUGGCCCUUCAGCUGGUUCUGCUCUGGGUUUUGACUGGCUCCAGACCCCAUAACAUCCCGUCAUGACCUCUGAAAAUCCUCAUCACACCCUCUCUCUCUCUCUCUCUCCCCCUCUGAUACCUCCAAAAUGGCAACCAGCAUGCAACGCUGCCACCAAAAUGGGGAACACCUGAUGAGAAGCACUUACAAACACUAACAAACAAACGAAAACCUGUGAGCCCCACAUCUUCUCAGUUCCUCCUUUUGAUACCUUCAUUUUCAGGGGUUUCUCAAAGUGAUUUCACCAGGUGCAGUGUUGAAAGAAAUGUUAAUUGGAAGAUAUAACUUUGAAAGACAAGAAAGGACCUCAACCUCUGCCUACCGUUCAUGUCUUCAAUAGUCCCCGCCAGCUGAGAUUAGAGGAAUCCAGAGAUUCAUUUUGAUUGGCGACUUCUGAACUUUAAUGUCAUUGAUGAUAGAAAUCAGACUGCCUUAUAUUAUCAGAGGGUUUUAAAUCAUGAUUGGGGGGGGGGGGGGGGUCUGACUGUUUAUGAAAGACGUUGAGCAGUUCAGGAUCAGCGCUGCUUUUUGCAAGCGUGUAAUUUAUUUUGAAUCAAUUUGCAGUGACUAGUUAUUAGGUAUUUAUUGUUUUGUGAUUGAGAAUUCAUCACAACCUCGUGCCCUUCAUUUGGCUCCGUUGGGUUGCUGAAAAUAACGUCGUCUUCGACUGAUAUUUUUUUAGAUGGCACUACGCAGAACAUUUUCACAGUGUCCCUGAGGGUAUCGAAAGAUGCAUCGUCUUUACUUUCCCAUCGGUGUUCUUUCAUGUAGAUACUGUAAUUGCAGUGUGGAUAUCAUUGUUCAUUGUUUAUGUUCAUGCACAGAAACCAACCCUUCAACUGCCACAGGGCCUGCUUCUAAGUGUACGGAUUUUAAUAGCUGAGCAUCUAGUCCAUCAGCCCUGAUCGAGAGUAGGAAACUAUCUGGAUUUGCCGCCUUGGGUGGUAUUCGAUUUCUCCAAUGAAAACUUUGUUGCCAUAGUGCGCAUUAACCAAUCGGGGUGAGCCUGGCUGGUGUCCUAUGCAUGCUCAGUGGACAACAUCUCUAGUGCCAUGUGGACUGUGUGACUCAGUUGAUCCCUUCAGCUUUGUCGACUGUGGCUACCGAGUGGAAAGCCCGGUCGUAUUUAUUUGUUUUAAUUUUUAGUUAAAUGAAGCGUCAGGACAGCAUGUUACUUUUUCUUUUAUUGCCACCACUAAAGAAGAUGAAUGAAGGGGAUGUGAGAGUUUGUAUUUGACAUUUUGGUCAACAAAAAAAGGAAAAAGGUAUGUUUGUAUUCACUGCUGUCACUUUUUAAAUCAAAUGACUACUAUCUGCACUUCAGUUCAAAGUGCAGCUGUUAUUUUGUCUUUACAAUUUGAUCCUUACUGGAGAACAACAUUUAUCUCUAUGUAGUAGUGAGGUUUCCUCUUGCAACUUGUUAUACUGUGGUGUUAGAGAAAUCACUGCAGUCAGUCCAUGCUUGUGGUCCUAUUUACUGCUGCAUUUUAUUUUGUUUUCUCCAAUAGAGGGACAUCUUGUUACAUUAUGUGUGCCUUGUUUUCCAUUGGUUACUUAUACAAAACAUACAGUGAGAAAUUACAGAUGAUUUACUGUAGAUCCUUUUAUUGAAAUAGUGUCAUCUUGUUUGCCAGAGUGCAGUUAGAUUUAUUAAUCAGCCAAACCACUGCUGCAGAGCAAAGGAAAUCUGACAAAAUAAUAAAAAGCAAAUCAUUUCACAGGACCAAAUCAGGAAUCUUAAAGCAGCUAAACGCCAAUGCAGCACUAAUAACGUCAAAGAGGAUAAGAGAAAAUAACACGUUUUAAAUCCUGACUAUAAAAAUAUGAUUUUUACUUGAACCAGCUGCAGUUGAUGGUUUGGUUGCUGCUGUCAAUGAGUAAUCCCAAAAUUCGAUCGUUGUUUAGGUGUAAGAAUUGACAAUCGCAGGUAACAACAGUAAACUUUUACACCUGUUUAGUGAUAUCAUAUAUGUUAGUAUACACUUUAUGGUUUUACUGCCUACUAGGAACCCCAAAUCAUAACAUUUUCAGAAUCAAAACAUCAACAGAGGAACUAAUUUGGGGAUUUUAGGAAUGCCUAUAUGACUAAAAUAAAACCAAGGAGUGCAACUUUGUGUAGUAGUGUUUAACACUGGAGCAGGUUUGUAGGAGACUACUUCAUUUAGUGGGGAAGUGAAAACCACAAAUUAAGCUGUGUGUGUACGCAUUCCUCCAAGUCAAAUCAACGAGUGCUGGUUUGUCCAUUUUCUUUUAUGGCAAAGCUCCACCAUCAUCAUUUUCAGACUUUCAAACUUUAAAGUGGUCUGGGUGCACUUUUUACUCUUCUCCUCUAUCUUACACUGUAACCAUCCAACAAAAUCAAUGUGGUUAUACUAACAAUGGUAUUAAUGCUCUUCAUUUACUAACAUACUCAAGAAUAUCAAGUGCCAUAUGGGACUCUCUUAUUCUCUUGUGGAGAAACCUAUUAUCGUAAUAUAACAUUUAUGCAAUUUACCAAGGCAACAUGUAAGUCUCAUGAAUCGUUUCCCUGUGCUGCAUGGUAGUGGCUUACAAUUUAAUUGAAAAAACAUAUCCAGUCUGCUCCUGCUUUAGUGUGUAAUGUUGGGAAGCAUAAUAUUCUGCGUGUCAGGCAUUUGUUCAUGAUGUGAUGAAGUAUGAUCAGCUACAAUUACUGCCUUUCUCUUGGGGGGGGG